AUGCAGCCAGCACUCCCCGGUGUGCAUGCCAAACACAUUCGCCGUGGACAGUCGUUGGGUCUGUUACUUUUGGUUGGCUUCGCGUGGACGGCACUGCAAAUUCUCCUUCAACCUUCCCAAGUUGACAGCCUCAUGGGGGUCCGUUGCUCCUCUUGUUUCACUGAGAUGUCGUUUCAGGUGGCAAUGCAGGACCCAAAACGAUUCCUCCAUGCACUGACCUCAACCACCGACUCCAAUGCAGCUUACUUGGCCGCCAGAGCAGCUUUUCAGAGCUCGGAGGACCUUCCAGACUUCCUGCUGAAAUGUCUGGAAGAGAUCUGCAUCAUUAAUGACCCGCCAAGCACUUUGCCUCGGUUCAUUGUUGGCCAACUAGCAGCAUUUCUGGAGAGAAAUGGGCAGCGAAGCAUGUUCGAAAAAAGCGAAUCAACCGAGUCCGAGAUCUUGGACCUGGCUCUCAGGCUCUGGAGGCAGCCAGUGGCCAAGGCAAGUGCUGCCAGAUUGCUCAAUAUAUGGCAGGUCAGGGGCCGACACAUCACCACAGAACAGCAGCGCGAUGAAGUUGCUGCCAUGGGGACUGAGAUUCUCUCUUUGGAACACGAGUCAAAUGUCACACUCAUCACGUCGUUUUUGAGCUGCUUUCCGGAAAUUGCCGAAGAUUUGCAGUGUGGCCCUGACAUGGUCUUUGACAACUUCUGCCGCAAGGGAUGGACAGGAGCUGCGAUCUCUCUGGGAAAGCAAUUCAAUAUCAGUAGCAGCAAGGUGCUGGAGCUCCAACACAAGCGUCGACUCCAAAGGAUUGAAGCCGCUGCAGAGUCAGAGGGGAAGGAAAUUGCAGCCAUCCAAAUGUGCUGGAAAAAAACCUCGCUGCGAUCCCGCUUGAUUACGAGCUUUCUAAACGUUGGAAAGGUGGAGCUGGCCAAAUUCUGGUUAUUUACAUGGCGCCUCAAGUUGGCGCCCAGCAGAAAGCAUUUGCGUUUGGGAACAGAAAGAGCUCGGAAGUUCUUCCAGUUACCAGAUAGGGUGAAGCUGCACAUGAUCUCCAGCCCUGGUGAGCUGGAUUUUCUCACCAUGCAGGCAACCUUGGGACCAUGGACCUCUGUGGGUUUGGACACCGAGUCAACCUUCUCGGGCAAGCUGGCGCUCCUCCAGGUGGCCAUUGAAUCUGAAGUUUUUCUCAUUGACACCGUUGCUAUCGCGAUGAAGGACAUUCGAACAUUUCUAGCGAGACUAAUGGCAAAUCCUCUCAUCGUAAAGCUGGGAUUUGGCGCAUCGGAGCUCAAGGAGCUGCGAAAACUGGGAGCUAAAUCUGUGGCAUCUUAUCACGACAUGCAGCAACUGGGAGCUCAGAUUCGAUUGGGUUCCACAUCUGAGUCUUUGAAGGCGAUAUUGCAUGGACUGAGCCUCUCCAGCCUCUCAGAAGAGUUGCUGGGAAAACCUUUGAACAAGGAAGUUCGUGCCAGCAACUGGGCCUGGCGACCCCUGCGCACCUCCCAGAGGCGCUACGCUGCCUUAGACGCCUGGGUCCUGGUGGAGAUCUGGAACCAGCCCAAGGUGCAGCAGCUGGUGUCACAACCUGCGAAGGACAAACAAAAAACGGUGCGCGAAGAAAGACUCCGCGCGAAUGUGGCACAGAGCAAUGCCAAGCAACGGAACUACCCACCUGUGGCAAUUGGUGCCAAGAUGGCUUGCGUCAUGAAUGCGAGCAUGAUGCCGUGCAAGGGCGAAUAUUGCAAGACAACCUGCCAGCAAUGGUACAGAUCCAUUCUAGCACCGGCUGGAAGCGUGACAGUGACGUGCAAAGAGUUUUCGGUCUUUGCCUUCUAUCCAAGAGGUGGUGCAGUGUGUGACGAGGAAUGCUUGCUUCCUGAGAUCCGCAAGGACCGGUAUCCAUCUCCAACUGGAUUUGGCCUGCUGUGCCGUCCAGAUUCUUGUGAUGCCGCAGUACAAGCGAGGUAUCGCCAGGAUGCAAAGGUCUUGAGCAGCGGCCUGGGGGCCUUGGAAUGUCCCUGCAAUUGGUUUGGGUCGGAUUGCCAGGAUGAUUGGGUGCCUGUCCAACAAGUCCAGAAAGAGGUGCUGGGAGAUUUUGAGAUGACCUAUUUGACCAUUGACAAAAAGGCCUGGCGGAAGGUCAUGAAGGAUUAUCGGCCAGGAAGCAUCUUGAGAGUUCAGCAUUUGGAUCAGAAUGGCAUCCCGCGCGAGCAGCCCUAUGCCUUGGCUGGAAAGAGUGAAGAAGGCGUUCUGGAGAUUUUGACUGGGCCUCCACCUGAAGGGCUGCGGGAGGUGGUGGUAGAGGUCGCUCAUGCUGUGAGACGGUGCGCAACUGGCCCCUGUGGGCUAUUUGUAAAUCCUGUCAUUUCAGGUUUCUUCAACGGCCGCUACAGCUUCCUGAUGGAUGGUUUGCAAUCCGUAAAGCAGGUGGCAAUCGUUUCCUCAGGAGUCGGCUUGUCAGGCGUUAAGGCAGCCAUCACAGAGUUGCUGCCCAAAGACUUAGGGAUCCAUGUGUUCUAUGGCAUCCGGGAUCUGAUCAACCUACCUUACCUGAACUUCUGGCAAAAUCUGGUGGCGCAAAAGCGGUUGACUUUCACCCUGUUGGUGUCUGGUUCAUCAUCCGGUGCGGGCGAUCUACAGGAUGCAGUUCAAAAAGGUGUUGCCUUGCUCGAAGCGGCAAGAAGCAAGUCCAAUGUCCCAGAGCCCUUGCGACCUCGCAACAAAUCGAAGUCGGGAAAGAUCUACGCUCAGCAAGCAAUUGCUUUGGACUUUCUUGCAGGUGGGCUCGCAGAAGUGGGUGCAACGCUGGAAGACACUGCUGUGAUCAUUUGCGGCCGCAAUGAACUCCUGAUUGAGACCCCACGGCUGCUGCAGGCAGGAUGCCAACUUGACAGCGUGCGUAGCCCAGGCUUCCAAUUUGGAGGCAUCAUGCGAGGCUUUGAUCCAGGCCCACGUGUUCACCAACAUCUAAAACGGGCUGUGCCCAACUCGACGGAGAUGGAUGGAGAUGGGGCACGUCUUGUCACACCAUGGAGAUGGUGA